AUGACCUCAAUGGCGGGCACUUUCACUCUCGCCCUCGACCCUACUACACAUUUCGGCUUUUCGGAAGAGGGGUCUCAUACUGACUACGAGCUGGCUCUCUCCCCGCGAUCGGAUGAUAUCAGAGCCAUGCUGGGAUCCAACGACUUCCCCUACGACCUCGAUACCGCGGGAGUGAUGAACCAAAAACAGAAUAUGACCAAGGCGCAGCCGCUCACUGGGUUCGAGCAGUGUGCUUCAGCCUUUCCAGCAAAUCCCCAGAGAGAUGUAGAGAUCUACAACAGCCCAUAUCACAUGGAGACUACGAUUCCAUGGGAAACUGACUGUAUGAUGUACACCUCACUGCCACAGCGCAUGGUGAGGUAUACCUCUCCAUUGGGCUCUUGCGGAGGAGACCAAUCUACAUCUGAUUCCUCCAUGAGCGAGUACUCGUGGAACUCUCCUAAGCUCUAUCCUAGCGUCAACGAUGUAUUCGACUCGCCAAUCACCGAAAAAUGCCAGUUCUCGGAUGGCAUCGACAAUGCUCUGUCUAGGAGCCUAAGUGGUUCGCAGUUAGGAAGUGAAUGUUCUGUCUCACCUAAAGAUGUACAACAUUACCCCGAUCCUGUCCCUACCCAAAGCCCUAUUUUUGAAGACCUCAUGCUGUCUAACAAGCCGCCCCGAUCUAUCCCUGCCUUCAUGUCACAGUCCUUUUCACUACAAAACCUGGACUCACGGCUCGGGCAAGAUGACAUGGUCUUCGGAGAUCAUCUACAAACUGGGAACAACGAAAUAGUUGAUCCCGCCCUAGGCGAGGCCUAUCUCGACCGCCAGAACAGUCUCUCGGGAAUCACUUCUGCGGGAUUUUCUGGCUUGGUUCACAAGCGAGUAAAGUAUAACGAGAUAAAAGCAGAUAGCUCCGCUUCGAUACCCAGCCCUCCAUUAUCCCCAAGCGGCAGUGAGAGUGGUGUACGAAAGAACCGAGCGAAGCCAAAGCAAAGACAAUCCCCAGUCAGCAAACGCACGACUAGGCGAACCCCGUCUAAGAGUUCAAGUUUCAGCAUUCCCCGAAAUCGCCAAUCGGCGGCGGACCGCAUCUUCUCCUGCGUUUUUGCCCCAUAUGGUUGCACAAGCUCCUUUGCCUCCAAGAAUGAGUGGAAGCGCCACGUUCUAUCCCAACAUCUCCAGCUUGGCUUUUAUCGAUGUGACAUUGGUCACUGCAAGGUGUCUAAACCGUCCAACUCUAUGAUGUCCACUCCCUACUCCUGCGAUUGCCCAACCUCCAUCUCCUCUUCCCCUUCUCAUUCAUGCACUAUUACCACUAUGCGUACCCCCAACGACUUCAACCGCAAAGACCUCUUCACCCAACACCUUCGCCGCAUGCACGCGCCUUGGUUGACUCUCCCCUCUCCACAUGAACCUACCAAGGGAGAACGUGAAGCUUUCGACAAACAGCUUGAUGAAGUGCGAGCCAGAUGCUGGGUCCAGCAACGGCAAGCUCCUCAGCGAAGCCAGUGCAACUACUGCAGCCAUGAAUUUGUUGGCCCACACUCCUGGGAAGACCGCAUGGAACAUGUGGGCAAGCACUGCGAAGUUAUGGAUACCGAAGAGCGCGAAGAUGUUGCUCUACGUGAGUGGGCCAUUGAAGAGGGUGUCAUUCUACCAUAUGGGCCUGGCAAGUGGCUGCUAGCAAGCAUACUGAAUGGCAGUGGAAAGAAAUCCUGUGGAUACUCCUCAUAG